UUCCAAUUGUAGUACAUGAUGAUCACUUGCAAGAUACUUAGGUGGUUUUAAAGAAAGAGAAACUCCAGAAAAGUAAAACAUUCGAGGCCUCUGUAGCCAUCCAUCCAUCAUGAUUGGUGGUUUAUUUCAGUCGUUAUCACGCCCAAGGUUAUUCAUAGGACCGAUACUACCUGUCUCCCUUCCGUCGCAUCGUCGAUUUUGGCAGUUCACAUCGCUGAAUGCGGGUCACCGACCAAUAUUUAUGGCAGGUGGUAGAUAUAAUCUGAUCGCUUAGUGUUACCAACAGUGUCACCCCAGAUAAUAUAUUUUCUCCUAUUUACUCUACUUACUAAGAUUGAAAAGAUCUAUAUGAUACCAGGUCUAUCGUGGGGGUGACCAGGUAAUGUUGUAAGUAAUGACUACAUGUUAAUGAUUACCUUUCUUCUUCUACUUUGGUAUAUAUACGUACUGGGUUGCAUCGAACCGGAGCCAUCCAACAACACUCUUUAAAUAUAUGUAAAUACAACUUAUGAACCAAAAAAUUCAUAAAAAUCACAUCAACCAUGUUAACUAUCUCUAUAAUCGUCGCGUUCCUCGGAACUUCUGCUUUCGCGAGCCCAUUGACGCCAUUGUGGCCUAGGGACUGCAUAACUCCUCCUGGUGACGGCUACGGGUGUAGUGAGGCCGACUACUACCCGGACUGCUCCGUCUGUGUGUUGAACUGCACUGGAGGUCGCUGUAACUACAAUGGAAAGGGUACACAAGUAACAUGCUCGGCGUGUCCGGCGAGUAACGGUACAAUUACGCCCUAAUCAAUCAUGUUUCUGGUUUUCAGUCUAUUCUAUAUUCUUCAGAAUAUACAGGCAAGACAUUAAGGACACAUGGCGGAGAGGGAACGCAAUAAUUCGAGAAAGCACGCCACCAAAUCCAUGGGAUACAAAUUGGCUAAAGUCUAGCCACCCUAUUCUUGUAUAUAUUUUUGGUUACAUGCGCACCAAGUUACUGGUUGAAUUCGAGUAAUAGGUUUUGGUAGCAUAUCUUUGUACAUAUUAUUCUCAUAAAUCCACGAGUUGGCCAAAAGCUGAUGGCGAGGAUGAGAGUGUCGAGAGUCUAGCGAUGCAUUCAACAUUUUUUCAAUCUCCUAAAUGGUGUACAUAGAUCUUUCAAGGCUCCUGUGUAGGUGAAAACGUAAG